AUGGGUGAAUAAUUGAUACGCUAAAAAUCCGUAUCUAGUUUCUAAUUCCCGUACAGUACAAGUUCCAACACCCACUGAUAACAACAUUAAAAGAUAGAUUCCUUGCAACAUUUCCAACUCAAACAGCAGGUUCCCAACCCUUUCCUUCCAGAAUUCCACUAAAUUAGUAAUCAUUAUUUCCACUAACUAGGAAGAUACUCGGCAAUUUUGGUACUUUUCUCCACGGUUUCAUAGACUUUUCGUUAUAAAAAAAUCAUCAACAGUUCAAAACCUUUAACUGUCUGGUGUACAUCUUCUAGAGUAGCAAAGAAACGGAGUGAGCAAGAAACAAAAAUGGAUGCAAAAUCAGAAACGAAGUCAUUCCCAAUGAAAGGUGGAAAUGAUCAAUCCAGUUAUGUCAACAAUUCCUCACUUCAGAGGAAAAGUGUUGAUCUGUCGAAGGAAAUCAUAGAGGAAGCAAUUUCAAAGAAUCUAAGCAUUGAAAACCCAAAAACAUUUCGGAUCGCGGACUUGGGUUGUUCUGUUGGAUCUAAUACUCUGGUCGCCGUUCGGAACAUUGUCGAAGCAGCAGAUCAUAAAUAUAAAUCUCAACCAGAGUUUCAAGUCUUUUUCAACGAUCAUGCAUCUAAUGAUUUUAAUACCCUUUUCCUAUCACUUCCGUCAGAAAGGCGGUACUUCGCGGCCGGUGUACCGGGUUCCUUUUACACCCGUUUAUUUCCUCAGGGUAGUCUUCACAUUGUUUACUCGUCCACUGCACUUCAUUGGUUGUCGCAGGUUCCAAAAGAGAUUGUUGACAUAAAUUCCUCAGCAUGGAAUAAAGGCAGGAUACAUUAUACUGAUGCACCAAAUGAAGUCUUGCAAGCUUAUUCAGCUCAGUAUGUUAUGGACAUGGAGGCUUUUCUUCUAGCCCGUGCAAACGAGGUUGUCUGUGGUGGAUUGAUGUUUCUCGUCAUUCCAGGUGUUAUCGAUGGAACACGAGAUUCCCAAACUGGUGGUGGAUUUUUCGAUGUUUUGGGAUCUUGUCUCGUGGAAAUGGCGAAAAUGGGAAUGGUGGAUGAAGCUAAAGUCGAUUCGUUCAACUUACCAGUGUACCAUACAUCCCCUAAAGAAGUGACCGAAUUGGUGGAGAAAAAUGGGUAUUUCAAUACAGAGAGAUUGGAGAAAAUGUAUUCACCAGGUAUAAGCAUAGAUCAUGUACAAAUAUUCAGUGACCAUCUAAGAGCUGGAUUGGAAGUAAUCAUCAAACAGCACUUUGGUUUCAGUAACAGUGAUCUCGACAUAUUGUUUGAAAUGUACACGAAAAGACUUGUUGACUCUUUCCCAACCUUGGCAAAAGCAGCAGAGAAAUCCCUUCAUAUGUUUUUUGUUCUCAAACGCAACAACAUCACUAUUAGUGCAAAACGUUAUUUUAUAUAAUAGAAAAGGUAUAUUAUGCGUUAAAAAAGAGAGUUAAAUCAGAUUGUUUGUUCCAUGAAUUUAGCAGCUAGAACUGUCAUAAUUCAGUUUUGUUUUUUAAUUUAUUUUUGAUCCAGAGAAUCAUAAAACUAGUCAUUUAAAACCGUU